GCCGCCCCGAGCCCCGCUCCCUGGGUCAACUUCUCCCACUUCGAUGGCAACCUGUCCGACCCGUGUGGCCCGAACCGCUCCGAGCUGGGCGGGAGCGACGGCCUGUGCCCUCCGAGCAGCAGCCCCUCCAUGGUCACGGCCGUCACCAUCAUGGCCCUCUACUCCAUCGUGUGUGUGGUGGGUCUCUUUGGAAACUUCCUGGUCAUGUAUGUGAUUGUCAGAUACACCAAAAUGAAGACUGCCACCAAUAUCUACAUCUUCAACCUUGCUCUGGCAGAUGCCUUGGCCACCAGCACGCUGCCGUUCCAGAGUAUCAAUUACCUCAUGGGAACGUGGCCCUUUGGAACCAUCCUCUGCAAGAUGGUGAUCUCCAUAGAUUACUACAACAUGUUCACCAGCAUAUUCACCCUCUGCACCAUGAGCGUGGACCGCUACAUCGCAGUCUGCCACCCCGUCAAGGCCCUAGACUUCCGUACCCCCCGCAAUGCCAAAAUCAUCAACGUCUGCAACUGGAUCCUCUCCUCGGCCAUUGGCCUGCCUGUGAUGUUCAUGGCAACAACCAAGUACAGGCAUGGGUCCAUAGACUGCACGCUAACCUUCUCUCACCCAGCCUGGUACUGGGAAAACCUGCUGAAGAUCUGCGUGUUCAUCUUCGCCUUCGUCAUGCCGGUGCUCAUCAUCACGGUGUGCUACGGCCUCAUGAUCUUACGCCUCAAGAGCGUCCGGAUGCUCUCUGGCUCCAAAGAAAAAGACAGGAACCUUCGAAGAAUCACCAGGAUGGUGCUGGUGGUCGUGGCCGUGUUCAUUGUCUGCUGGACCCCCAUUCACAUCUACGUGAUCAUCAAAGCCUUGAUCACGAUCCCAGAAACGACUUUCCAGACCGUCUCCUGGCACUUCUGCAUCGCUCUGGGCUACACCAACAGCUGCCUGAACCCGGUGCUCUACGCAUUUCUGGACGAGAACUUCAAGCGAUGCUUCAGAGAGUUCUGCAUCCCACCGCCCUCCACCGUCCCGCAGCAGGGCUCGGCCCGAAGGCGCCAGAGCGCCAGGGAGCAGCCCUCCACGGCCAACACAGUGGACAGGACCACCCACCAGCUGGAAAAUCUGGAAGCAGAAACUGCUCCAUUGCCCUAACUGGGUUUUGUGCCACUGAGCCCCUCACUGAGCUUAGAUGCCCCCCAUCUCAUGUGGAAGCAGGUCACUGCCAGAGUGUGUGGGAGGUUCUAGUUCUCUAGGAAAGUGCCUGCUCUGAGUCAUCAAAACCCUUUCCUCUCUGGCCACCUCACUCUGCAUUAUUAGAGG